GUUUGCUCUCUGUGAAAGGAGAUCACCCUGCUGCAGCACAGACUCAGGCCUAGGAGCCAAUCAUGCCACUGGACAGAUUUCCUGGCUGGCUGAAUGCUGUGGCCUGUGGGUUCCUGCUUCUCCUGCUCCACGUUCAGGGCCAGGAAUCAGAUAGUCCCAUCCGGACCACAUACACGGGGCAGGUGCGAGGCAGUUUCGUCCAUGUGAAGGAUCAAGUGGGAGUCUAUAGCUUCCUGGGAAUUCCCUUUGCCAAGCCACCUGUAGGACCACUGCGGUUUGCACCCCCUGAGUCCCCUGAACCAUGGAGUGGUGUGAGAGAUGGGACAUCACAACCAGCCAUGUGUCUACAAAAUUCUGAUAUGCUGAGUUCAGAGGGUCUGAAUAAGAUGAAGCGGAUCAUGCCUCCCACCCCCAUGUCUGAGGACUGCCUGUAUCUCAACAUCUACACACCAACCCAUGCCCAUGAAGGCUCUAACCUGCCUGUGAUGGUAUGGAUCCACGGUGGUGGACUGGUUAGAGGUGCGGCUUCAGAGUAUGAUGGAGCCCUACUGACAGCCACUGAGGAUGUGGUGACGGUCUUUAUUCAGUAUCGUCUUGGUGUCCUGGGUUUCUUCAGCACUGGAGACCAGCACGCCAGAGGCAACUGGGGCUACCUGGACCAAGUGGCUGCCCUACGCUGGGUCCAGCAGAAUAUUGCCCACUUUGGAGGCAACCCUGACCGGGUCACUAUUUUUGGAGAGUCAGGAGGUGGCACAAGUUCGUCUACUCUUGUUCUCUCCCCCAUGUCCAAAGGACUCUUCCACGGUGCCAUCAUGGAGAGUGGGGUGGCCCUACUACCUAACAUUUUCUCUGACACCUUUGAGGUGGUCUAUAGGCCAGUGGUCAAACUAUCCGGAUGUGAGGCCAUGGACUCAGAGGCUGUGGUGCGCUGUCUGCGAGGCAAGAGUGAAGAAGAGAUUCUGGCUACUAACAAGGUUUUCCAGAUAAUUCCCGGUGUGGUGGAUGGGGCUGUCCUACCCAGGCACCCCCAGGAGCUGCUGACCUCUGUGAACUUUCACCCUGUCCCCAGCAUCAUUGGUGUCAACACUGAUGAAUAUGGCUGGAUCGUCCCCAUUGUCAUGGGCACUGCUCAGAGCAUAAAGGAAAUAACCAGAAAGAACCUGCAGGCUGUUCUGAAGAGCACAGCAGAACAGAUGGGGUUACCUUCAGAGAGUGGUGACCUGCUAAUGAAGGAGUACAUGGGAAACACGGAGGAUGCCCAGACCCUCCAACUACAGUACAGAGAGAUGAUGGCAGACUUCAUGUUCGUGAUCCCCGCACUCCAAGUGGCACAUUUUCAGCGUUCCCAUGCUCCAGUAUACUUCUAUGAGUUCCAGCAUCCGCCUACCAGCCUCAAGAACAUCAGACCGUCCCACGUGAAGGCUGAUCAUGGCGAUGAGAUACUUUUUGUCUUUGGGUCCUUCCUUGGGGGCAUCAAACUUGACCUCACUGAGGAGGAGAAACUUCUGAUCAGUAGGAUGAUGAAGUACUGGGCCAACUUUGCAAGAAAUGGGAACCCCAACAGCGAUGGCCUACCCUACUGGCCCAUGUAUGACCAGGAUGAGCAGUACCUGCAACUGGACAUCCAGCCUACUGUAGGCCAUUCUCUGAAGGCUGGAAGACUGCAGUUCUGGACCAAGACCCUGCCCCAAAAGAUCCAGCAGCUAAAGGGGGCUCACAGACAACACAAAGAACUGUAGUGUCCCAUAUCAGGAUAAAUGUGGGGUUUGAGUGCUAUAAUAGGAUAAGCCCGAGGUUCCCAAAGGAGCCUGGGUUGAUUCCAAUAGUCACUUAAACAUUCCUAAUCUCUGCAUUUCUCUGUUCUCCUAUGUAUGUAAUGAAAUCUCUGCAUGUCACUCCUCACUCAUCCUGCAGGAUCAUCUUUUGUUAGACCCACUUGGUCAAUGGUCCUGUAACAGUGCAGAUGUGUGUGCCUCAAAGUGCCUCUAUCUCUUUUUACAUUCCACUGGGACUACCCUCCUUCCUUCCUUGACUUGUCUUCUCCCAUCCUCUCUCUUCCCCAAGCACUUGACCGUCUUCAAAUGAAGCAGAUUCUUUAGGGAUUAUUGACUAAUGGGGAUCAGUUGUGUCAAAAUCGUAUUUUCUCAUAAGUAUAAAUGUCCAGUAGAAAACCUAACUCCCAAGAACUCUAUUAUCUUCAUAAGUUCAAGAUGCUGUUCAGUUGGGUCAUAAACUGCAAGCUAGACUCUGUGUCAGGUAUCGUUGGCCUCAGAUAUACAGAGGCUGUAGCAAAACAUUGAGUGAGUCUAGAAGUUACAGGCCAGCCCAAGCAAUCUAUUAGGAGUCAGAUCUCUAAAGCAAAACCAAAAGAUGGUAACCUGGAUAACUUACAACAGAGUUGUAUGUAUGAUAUUGUGGACCAAAAGCAUCAGAAUAAAAUGUUAUCAGAUAUGCUGGGUAGUGAGGGCUAGGUAUCUGGAUCAGAGAUUACACAGUGUCUUCACUGGGUAGAGUAGGUAAAGAGUGACACUGAUGAUCCUCCAAGCUUCCCAGGUCUUAAUAUCAUCAUAUUACAGAUUACAUUCAGCAAAUGAAUUUGAGUCACAGAAGCUUUCGUGCCAUAGUUCCUAAGCUCUCUGACAUCAGCCACUGAGGAGGCCAAAUACAGAAAAAAUUUCCAUGUAUUGUACUUAUAUAUGAAAUCUGGUCUAUUUCUUUUCUGAAUGUUGCCAGACCCACUUUGGCGAGAAGCAGAACUGGGCAUGUUCAUGGGCCCUACAAGCUGGGCCUACAAGGGGGCUGGCCAGCGGGUUGAAGUAGAUUCUCAGUGACCCACCUUCUGAAGUUUUCUCUUACUCUCUGGAGUCCUGCAGACACUGUGAAGUCCAUGUUUGUAUAAGGUGUUGGACAAUGGGGUUUGUCUCGGAAGUACAAUGGGGGCAGGGGGCGUCAAUAGGUAGCAGAAAAAUUCCUUCCCUGGACCCCUGAGGGCAUCUCCACAUAUGGAAAGGUCUGUCCGCUUUUCAUUUCUCCUGAAAUUUCCUGAUACCUUAAUCGUUCCUUGCUCUUGAUUGUCCACGUGUUCAACUUUCAUUCCUACAUUACUGUUGCCCUUGAACUCUUCAUCCACACCAAUACAAAGUCUCUUGUAUUUUAUGUCAUUUACAAAUGCACCAAAUUGUGCUCCAUCUGUCUUCUUAUUCCUUCAAAGUCUUUUCUCUGUUAUUAAGAAGGUAUGGGCUUUUAACUUCAAUACUCAAGGAUCUCCCUUUCCCUGCACUUCCGAACAAUUUGCCCUUCUUACUCACCAGUUUGUCCUGGGCAAGUCCUUUUUCAUCCACUCCAUUGAAUUCCAUGACCUUUAGGUUGAAAGCAAAGAUUACUGUGUUACCUGUCCCCGACACCAGGGAACAUACAGAGAAAAUGUUCAGCCUUGGGUCGGCAGCUCAGCAGAGCUGUCACUGUGGCCUGAAUGUAGUAUUGAGCUCCUGAUGAGACCAGGAGUUAAGUGACCGCCACCAAACAACGUGCAUAGGGCCUCAACCUUUGAGGCUUGCACUGGUGAAAAUUUUUGUUUGUUUGUUUUGGUUUUUGUUGCCAUUUAUUUGCCAACUGCAGCUGAAGGCUUCCUGGUCCUAGAAAAAACACAGAGUCAAACAACUGGCAUUACCCAGGUUGGCAGCUCUUGGCUGCUUCCCCUACAGUCCCCUUCUGUUUGCAACGCUCUCUUGUACAUAAGCAAAAGAAGAACAGUGAGCCCUUCCUGUUGUCAUGGUGACCAUUGAUCUUGAUCCCAGUCGCAGCAACCUUUGUACUACUCUCCUCUUCGGCUCUCCCUUCCUGAUGCUCAAUAAACAUCUUUUGUUAUUGAAUUCACAAA